AUGACUUCGUUUCCGGUGGCUGAGCUGGUCGGGUACAUGGCCAGGACAAUAACCUUCAAGUCGGUGCAAAACAUUGAUAUCAAGCUCGAUGUGGCGUACCCUCAAGGCGAGAUAAAAACACCCGCAACAGUACUAUUACACUACCAUGGUGGUUUUCUGGUUGUAGGCGAUCGAUAUGCUUUUUUCCCAUACUGGCUUGUAAAUGCAAGCAUUUCGCGAAAUUGGAUUUUCGUCACACCCGACUACCGUCUUUUGCCAGAAACUACUGCUCAAAGCUCGCUCGAGGAUGCAGUCGAUGCGUAUACAUGGGUAUGGUCCCGAUUAGGCCCAGAGCUUGGCCUGGAAAUCGGUUCAGUGGUGCUGGCUGGCUCAAGUGCUGGAGGAUACCUGGCUCUCGCAACGGCGGCAGUUGUUGAUCGUAAGCCUAACGCCCUGCUUUCAAUCUAUGGCAUGCUAGACCCUACUUUUGAGCGAUAUUUGAAGCCUGGCAGCAACAUCUUCGGGCGACCACUUGUUGAUACCGCGCCGAUCCUGGACCGAUUUCCAAACCCCGGUAAUAAGCACACUAAACCGCAGAUCAGUGCGUAUCCUUUACCCGCCGAUAUCACAAAAGACGAAAGAUUCCCACUGGUCUCGGCUUUUCACAUUGACGCGUUGUUUCUGGAUUACUUGACAGGCACAAAAGGCCUCAGCCACGAUGUCAGGACCAGCGGGGAGGAGGCAAUUCCUCAGCAGCAACGCAAUUUGUUCCCACUCACCUUUUCAGAUCUGACCAAGUUGCCGCCCACGAUAUUGUUACACGGCAAGAAUGACACGGCGGUUCCAGUUGAUCUAAGCAUCCGAGCCGCCGAGAAACUGCGUCAAGCAGGGGUCGUUGUGCAAGCAGAGUUUCCAGUCAACGCAGAACAUGGCUUUGAUGUAAGAGUAGGGAAUGUCAAUGUCGAGUUAGCUGCAGGAGAAAGUCUGGCUACUUACCAAAGCCUUCGAAAGAUCAUCAUAUUCCUGGACAAUAUACUUAGUCUGGGAAGCGAUGGUCUAGGACAAUCAUAG